CCAUAUAUAAUGACAAAGAAUCCCAAAACUUAACCACGGCUGAGAUUUCUCUAUUAUCGCUUACUUUCUCGCUCAUUUUCUCUCGCGCCGAUCAAGAAUCAAUGGACGCUUUCUCGUCGUUCUACAAUUCCUAUGGCUCCACACAGAGCCGCUGGAGCUACGAUUCUCUCAAGAAUUUCCGCCAGAUCUCUCCCCCAGUCCAGGCUCAUCUCAAGAAGGUGUACCUGACACUAUGCUGUACUUUGGUCGCUUCAGCUGCCGGGGCUUACCUGCAUUUCCUCUUGAACAUAGGUGGCAUGUUGACCACGAUUGCUUGCUUUGGAAGCAUUCUGUGGCUAUUCUCCACCCCUUUUCAUCAAGAGAAAAAGAAGCUUUCUCUGCUGAUGGCAGCUGCCACCUUUGAGGGGGCUUCACUUGGUCCUCUGUUUAAUUUAGCCAACGCGGUUGACCCAAGUAUUUUGGUUACUGCUUUUGUUGGGACUGCACUAGCAUUUGGCUGUUUCUCAGCAGCAGCUAUGUUAGCAAGGCGCAGAGAGUACCUCUACCUUGGUGGUUUGCUAUCUUCUGGCCUUAGCGUCCUCCUGUGGCUACAUUUUGCUUCUGCAAUCUUUGGGGGCUCUACAGCCAUCUUCAAGUUUGAGUUGUACUUUGGGCUUCUGUUGUUUAUCGGCUUCAUCAUUGUGGACACCCAGGAUAUUAUUGAGAAAGCUCAUUCGGGUGAUAUGGACUAUGUGAAUCACGCAAUGCUUCUUUUCACUGAUUUUAUUGCUGUUUUUGUCCGAGUUCUUGUUAUCAUGUUGAAGAAUUCCAUUGAGAAGGGCGAGAAGAAGAAGAAAAGGAGGGAUUAAGAGUGUAUCUAAGGAGCAGCAGCCGGACGAGUGAUGCUUCUUGAAACCUUGGCUUACUAAUGUGAAAUCUUGUCCAUAAAUAUGUUCUUUUCUUAACUGAACCAAAUGACUGUGAAGUGUUAAUACUUCGGAAUAUGUACUUACGGGGUAGUUGUGUUGGUAUGUGUUUUUUGGCUGCUGGUAUAUGUUCGGAAUUUCGUUUGAGAUCAAGACGUUGGUUUCUUUCAGCUUUCUAUCAAUGGAUGCUCUCUACUUGUGGCCUUGUAAA